AUGUCUGCUGAACAUAGACUGCGGGAACCGACAGAGCCAAACGACUGCAGCAGUCCUCAGUACUCGAAACCUGUGGAACUGCCGUCUCAGGAGGAAAUCGUUGAAUCCUGUCGGAUCUUCACAACAUCAUAUUUUCAGCUGGGAUUUAUUCCAAAGGCAACAUUCUCGGAGAAAAUCAUAAACCAUGAAGUUGACGAGUUUCUCAUUUUAUGUAUCUUGUCGCUUUCUGCGCGGUUCACUCCAUGUCUUGUUGCGAGAUAUGGGAGCGAGUCCAAAGCAACAGAUUGGUUCAUGCGUCAAGCGCAUCAACUUGUUCCUCAAAAGAUGUAUAAACCAAACCUAGAGGUUACGCAAGGAUUUUUCUUGCUGUCAAUUGCUGAAUGGGGAAAUGGAGAAAGAGAACAAAGCUCGAUUCACAUGGGCAUUGCUGUGAGGAUGGCAGCGAUGCUAAAGCUGCAUAGGGAGGAAACAUAUCAGCUGCGGGAUGGUGCAUCGGAGGAAGAAAUCAUCGAUGCCGAGAUGGCGCGGCGCACUUUCUGGAUGAUUCAAAGUCAGGAUAACCUACACUCUGGCUACAACUCACCUGCACCAUUUUCUCUUGACGAUAUCACGGCUCUGCUACCAUGUGAAGAGUUAGACUUCCUAUUUGGUGUAGUUCCACAGGAGAGAGCUGCUCUUCAAAAUACUGUUCCUGCUAUUGCUAACCCUUCUUUGACUGGUUCAUCCAAACGGUCACUUUUCGCGACACUUAUCCAAGCUCACAGUCUCUGGGGUAGAGUGGCAAGAAAAGCCGCUGGCCCGUCCAGAGUAUCUUCAACUCCGCUACCUUCGCCGCUCAGCCCCAGCUCUGAGUAUGGGAAAAUUGUUCAAGACCUUGCAGAAUUUGAAAAAUGUUUGCCCCCACAGCAGAAGUGGUCGAUUCGGAACUUGAGGGUUUGGAAAGACCUCGGUUUCGAACUUGCCUAUUUAUCUGUAGUCAUGAUGCUCAGGCUGAGCAAUAUAAUUGUUCGCAGGAUGCAUCUCGAAGACAUCAAAUCAUCAAUCGUUGACAAAAACGUUGAAGAGUCGAUUCGCAAUUUCUGGGAAGGAGUGUCUUUUAAGUUAUUCUCCAACGUUGAAGAGCUGUACGAACAGAUCGAAUCAUGCUUUUCUACACGAUCUUGUAAUGAGCCACAAGCAUAUCCUGCUAUUUUGGUAUUACCAGUAUACGUGUGCGGAUCGCUUGCCUUGAAUCUCUGGAAAUGGCCCUCACUUUGCCCACACAUGGCUGGAAAAGCAGCUGAGAUGGUCAGUCGAUGCCUGAACAUCAUAACAGGGCUACAAUCCGCGUGGCCAAUGGCAAAAAAUUGGCAACAAGGUCUACAACAAGCAGCGACACCGCUGUCAGGAGGAUUCUCACCGGCCUCAAAUACAACUUGUCAGUCGUUAAGAGGUAGCGCAAACGAUAUGCAGGCUCCGGCACUCACCUUAGAGUCAAAUAGAGAAGGGGGUUUCAGAGGCAUAAUUCAAAUUAACGAACCAUUCGGGGCGAUUCCCCAGAUAGAUCCCAGCAUCCACAUCGGCACGAUACCAAACGACAUUUUUGACGCUGAAGUAACAGCUUUCCUCCAAGAAGCGCAUUAUGGGCUAUGGGACAUCUGA